AUCCACUAUAUAGUCCCCAACUCGCUAUAUCGUGUGGGGGACGGCUGGUUUAGGUUUUAGGGUUUCUCCUUCGCCGUUCGCUAACCUUAUCACAGAUGGCUCCAAAGAAAGGGGUAAAAGCACCAGCAGCAUUAGCCAAGAAGAAACAGGAGAAGGUAGUGAAUCCCUUGUUCGAGAAACGUCCAAAGCAGUUUGGAAUAGGAGGGGCAUUGCCUCCAAAGAGGGAUCUUAGCCGGUUUGUGAAAUUUCCGAAGCAUGUUCAGAUUCAGAGGAAGAGACGAAUCCUCAAGCAGCGGUUGAAGGUUCCCCCAGCUCUGAACCAAUUUACCAAGACCCUUGACAAGAAUCUUGCAACAAGCCUGUUCAAGAUGCUUCUUAAGUACAGGCCCGAAGACAAAGCAGCAAAGAAGGAGCGUCUCUUGAAAAGGGCUCAGGCUGAGGCUGAAGGGAAAACCGCUGAGACCAAGAAGCCUAUUGUUGUGAAAUAUGGUCUCAAUCAUGUGACCUACCUUAUUGAGCAGAACAAAGCACAAUUAGUAGUUAUUGCGCAUGAUGUGGACCCUAUAGAGUUGGUUGUUUGGCUUCCUGCAUUAUGCAGGAAGAUGGAAAUCCCAUACUGCAUUGUCAAGGGAAAAUCUCGCUUGGGAUCGAUUGUUCACAAGAAAACUGCCUCUGUUUUGUGCUUGACCACAGUCAAGAACGAAGAUAAAUUGGAGUUCAGCAAAAUCUUGGAGGCUAUCAAGGCAAACUUCAAUGAUAAGUACGAUGAAAAUAGGAAGAAGUGGGGUGGUGGGAUCAUGGGUUCCAAGUCUCAGGCUAAAACUAAGGCUAAAGAGAGGCUUGUUGCCAAGGAAGCCGCCCAGAGGAUGACCUAGGAGGCAGUGCCCUGUAUUGCUGUUUACUUAGAAUAUGAGAGUUUUGAUGGUUUAUUUGUAGAAUUUUGGUUAUUUCAAUUCAUUUGGAUUUUAACUGCGAGGUUCUGGUUUUUGGAAAAGGCGGAUAAUGGUCUUGCUCACUCUUUGAACUUGCAUCUGUCUUGUUAUAUCUGUUUGGGCUAAACUUAUAUGGCGGUGCUCUAUUUGGAAGAAUUACCUUGAAAAUCUCAUCAAUGGUGGAUGACAAUGUGUUAUGAAGUGGGGAACUUUUGCCCCAUAGCUCCGGAGUAGAACGUGAUCAUAUACUAUCAGUCCGUAGGUAAUGUUGCAGUGAAUGGGUUAUGGUUUAUGAGAAAUUAUUUAGUGAUUUUAGUA